ACUUAAGAAAAUUAAUUAAAAUUUUACUGCAGAUCUUGAAUUUACUUAAAAUAAAAAUCACAUUGUCCCUGUGACAUCGGGGAAGUACACUUAGGAGCAGCUUAAGUGGUAAUAUUCUACAUUCAUUCCAUAUGUUUGCAUCUCAAUUGAACAAAGUUCAAUUUCUAAAAUUAAAAUAACUCAAAUAAAAACUUGUUACAACUACAAUAUGUAGAAGAGCAUCUCUGAAUAUAUAAUAUACAUUGACCCAGAUGUGCUACAGCAGCAGAAGACCACACUGGAUGCCAUUCCGAUCAACAGAUCAAGAAACUGAGGCAGCAGUUUGCACUACAUAGUUUGGACAACUGAAGACUGGAAAAUGCUGUCAGUUCAUAUUAUUCUUGAGUUCUGCUGCCAUACUUGGAUGGCAGGGACAUGAUGCCAGAUGUUAGAAUUGGGUAUAGACAACAUGAAAGGAUGGAUCGAUCCAUCCUUGUAUCAACAGUUCAUGGUGCUGUUGGUGGUGUAAUGGUGUGGGGGAUAUUUUCGUGGCAAAGUUUGUGACCCUCAGCACCAACUGCGCAUCCUGAGUAUUGCUUUUGACUAUGUGCAUCACUGUAGAGUUUCCAUCUUCUGAUGGCUGAUUCCAGCAGGAGCACCCACCAUGUCAUAGAGUUCAAAUCACCACACACUGUUAUUUUUACAUGACAAGCUCAAUGUGCUGAAACGGCUUCCACAGCCACCACAGCCUAAAUCCACCAGACCAGCUUUGGGAUGUGGCUGAACUGGAGGUUUGUCUUUAUGAAUGUGCUGCCACCGGAGCACAUUCAUACUGUGCCCCGUUACUGGAGCUGGAAAGUGAGUUAUUCAGGAGAACUCUCCCCAGCAUUAACUGCCCUGCUACUGUACCACCUUAAUAAACCAUGUUGAGGAAAAACAUCUUGUGCUUAAGAGUCUGUGUGAAAGUUACUGCAUAUAUGUUCAGUGCAGACAGAUAUAUAGUGCAUAUGGUUAUAUAGGUAUACAUGUCAUCCAAAAGUCCCCCCGCCCCCCCCUUUCCUGUCACUCUUCAUUAUAUCUAUCAAAAAGGGACCCAAUAUAAUUAUUCUUUAAAGAAAAUGAAUGUGCAGCCACCAAAUCUACAGCAGCUGCACGAUGCUAUCACAUCAACAUGAACCAAAAUAACUGAGGAGUGUUUGCAGCACCUGUUGAAAGUUAAAGUGGGUCCAACACAGUAUUAGUGAGGCAUAAUGGCUAAAGUCUCCUGUUAGUACAAAGUGUAUAAUAUGUAGCAGUGGUGUACAUUAAUGAGUCCAAGAAGAAAAACAAAUAAAAAUAGUAACAAUAACAAUAAAAAUAAACUUUCUGUCACUUUUGGCAAAAACCAGCAGUCAUUUAGUCAAAGUAGAAAUUUCUGUCACCAUUUGCUGUGUUGUGCUUUGAACCAUUUUCUGGCAGUCUAGAUUUCAAGCAGACUCCUGAUAAAGAUCAGACUUGGGGACGUACAGGAAACAACACUUUUUUUUCUCUUUCUGUUCUCAUCAUUAGCGGACUGCAGAACUUUUGAUAGUUAGUUCAUUUCUGCACAUCUAAAGGGAUCACAUCAGUAAACGGGGAAAGGGAGCCUUGAAGUGUAAUUCCUGACUGGACCUGGUUGGAAGAGCCAUCACUGAGAUAUCACAAUGUCAGGAGAAAACACCACACCCUAUGAUUAUUCAUUUUACUAUGAGUUUUCUAACGACACAGACCGUUCUCCUACCUACAUAGGUGAUGUAAAGGACUUUAACAAAGUGUUUCUCACCACUCUCUACAGUUUGGUUUUCAUCAUGGGCUUCAUAGGUAACGGGCUAGUGGUGUGUGUCCUGGUGAAGCACCGGUAUCAGAGCAACUUGACAGACAUCUGCCUCUUCAACCUGGCUCUCUCUGACCUCCUCUUCGUCUUCACGCUGUAUUGA